AUGGAAAUGGCUAUCGAAGGUAGUCACGAAAUACCUUCCAGAACCGCCCCGGCAGCGGAUUCGACCAUUGCCCAUCAAGAUGAGCGUUCUGUAUCCAAAGGUCCCGAUAUCUGGGCAGAACAAGUCAAAAUGCGUAGCAGCGAAUGCUCAUCUCUGGUGGUGGUAGUUGGCGCGCAGUGGGGCGACGAAGGGAAGGGCAAGCUAGUUGACAUCCUUUCCGCCCGGGCUGACGUCUGUGCCCGAUUCAACGGUGGACACAACGCUGGUCAUACUCUGGAAGUUGACGGAGUCAGAUACGGCAUGCAUCUUCUUCCGUGUGGAAUUUUCCAUACGCGUACCGUCGGUGUUAUUGGAAAUGGAGUAGUGAUACAUUUGAAGUCUUUGAUUGCAGAACUGGAGCAGAUCCAGACGAUCCACCCUGAUGCACUUAAUCGCUUGCUGAUUUCAUCUCGUGCUCAUCUACUUUUCGACAUUCACCAGAAGAUCGAUGGCCUGCAGGAGGAAGCGAAGGCAAAGGUUGGCGAUGCGAUUGGCACUACACGCCGAGGAAUAGGUCCUUGCUAUGCAACGAAGGCAUUACGUACUGGUGUUCGGGUGGGUGACCUCCUGAAUUUCGAAGUUUUUGAGAUGAAGUACACUCGAUUGGUUCAAGAGCUGAAAGAACGGUACCGCCUUGACUUUGAUGAAAGGGAAGAGCUCGAACGACAUAGGCAUUACGCCAACAUUUUCGGUGAAAGAAUCACUGAUACCGUUUCGUUUAUGCGUAAAUGCGUAAGCGAGCGGAAGAGGGUUCUGGUUGAAGGCGCGAACGCGACACUGUUAGACUUGGAUUUCGGUACUUAUCCAUAUGUGACAUCGUCCAGCACAACUGUUGGUGGAGUGUGCACAGGACUUGGCGUCCCUCCUCGUUUCAUCGGCAUUUCUAUUGGAGUCGUGAAAGCUUAUACAACGCGUGUCGGAGAAGGGCCGUUCCCUACAGAGCUUACUGAUGCAACGGGUCUACAUUUACGUGAAAAAGGAGGCGAAUAUGGUACAACGACCGGGCGGCCCAGACGAUGUGGGUGGAUAGAUAUUCCUGCACUCGUGUAUACUGCCCAAAUCAAUUGCUUUGACUGCGUAAAUUUGACAAAGUUGGAUGUUCUGAGCGGGUUGAAAGAGCUCAAGAUUUGCAUCGCAUACAAGAACAAAGAGACAUCAACCAUCAUGCCCCCAGGCGAGUUCCCUUGCAGUGCCGAGGAGUUUAGCUUGGUGGAGCCUGUGUAUGAAUCGAUGUCCGGAUGGGACGGUAGUCUGGAACUGUGCAGGACAUCGGCGGAUCUGCCGGAGGCGGCCCAAGCAUACGUACGGAGGCUUGAGCAGCUUUUGUGUGUACAAUGUCGGUGGAUAGGCGUGGGCCCAGGUCGCGACGAUACCAUCGAGGUGCCCGUUGCGUGA